AUGGCGGAGCCGCCGAGUCCUCUUCGUGGCGCGGUGUCGCCCGAGCCGGAGCCGUUCGGCGCCAGGCCGGCCCCGGACGCGAAGGGGGCGGUGGUGGCGGCAACGGCGGGGGCGGGCAGCAGGUCUGGCCCCUCCGGGGGAGCGGGGGGCUUCGCUUUCCCCUCACAACUGCCCCGGAAGCUGCUGUCCCCCGCUGUUUUGCUGCCGUCGUCCGCCUCCCCCUCCUCCUCGUCCUACCAGCAGCACCAGCACCGCCACCACCGGCACCGCCUGGCUCUGGCCGUCGAGGCGGGAGGCUGUGGCAGCGGCGGGGCGGCCGGCGGGAGCGCCAAGCCCAAGAGGCCGAAGGAGAAGCGGGACAAGGAGAGGAGGAAGCACGGGGCCCUGCCCGUGGUGGCGGCGGUGGGAGAUGGCGGCGGGGCCCUGAGCGCGGCGGGCCGGGAGGAGAACGGAGAGGUGAAGCUGCUGUUGUCGAAAGCUCAAAUCAAAGACAAAAUUAAAGAAAGGGAAAAGAAGCAAAAAGAGAAGAAGAAGCACAAAAUAAUGAAUGAAAUCAAGAAAGAAAAUGGAGAGAUCAAAUUAUUGCAGAAAGCUGGGAAGGAGAAACCAAAAACCAAUGCAGAAGAGCUACAGAUUAAAAAAGUGAAGAAGAAAAAGAAAAAGAAACACAAAGAGAAUGAGAAGAGGAAGCGUCCAAAAAUGUACAGCAAAUCCAUUCAGACCAUCUGCUCAGGAUUGGUUUCUGAUAUUGAGGAUCAGGAAGCCAAAGGCAUCAUAGAUGAUCAUCUUAAGGAUUUCAAUGGGAAAAAUAUGGAUCCCAAGAAGGACUGUGAGUCCAAGAUACCAGAGAACAGUGAGUUUCCAUUUGUCUCGUUAAAGGAGCCACGGGUUCAAAAUAAACUCAAAAGGUUGGACACAUUGGAGUUCAAACAGCUGAUUCAUAUUGAGCACCAGCCUAACGGAGGUGCAUCAGUUAUCCAUGCCUACAGUAAUGAACUCUCCCACUUAUCUCCUGUGGAGAUGGAGAGAUUUGCAGAAGAGUUUGUGGGUCUGGUUUUUAGUGAAAAUGAAAACUGUGCAGCUUACUAUGUAAUGGGUAUUGUUCAUGGGGCAGCUACUUAUUUACCUGACUUUUUAGACUACUUUUCGUUUAAUUUUCCCAAUUCACCAGUGAAAAUGGAGAUUUUGGGAAAGAAAGAUAUAGAGACAACGACUAUGUCAAAUUUUCAUGCUCAGGUAAAAAGAACAUACUCUCAUGGUACGUAUAGAGCUGGCCCAAUGAGACAGAUCAGCCUGGUUGGAGCAGUUGAUGAGGAAGUGGGGGAUUACUUCCCUGAAUUCCUUGAUAUGUUGGAAGAAUCACCCUUCUUAAAAUGUACACUGCCAUGGGGAACACUUUCUAGUUUAAAAUUAGAGAGUCGUAAAGACAGUGAUGAUGGUCCCAUUAUGUGGGUACGUCCGGGAGAACAGAUGAUCCCUGUGGCUGACAUGCCAAAGUCACCUUUCAAAAGGAAGAGAACUACCAAUGAAAUAAAAAACUUGCAGUACCUACCUCGAACCAGUGAACCCCGUGAGAUGCUAUUUGAAGACCGGACCCGAGCCCAUGCGGAUCACAUAGGACAAGGCUUUGAACGCCAGACCACAGCUGCCGUGGGGGUAUUGAAGGCUGUGCACUGUGGAGAGUGGUCUGAGCAGCCUCGUAUAACCAAAGACGUAAUUUGUUUUCAUGCUGAGGACUUCUUAGAGGUAGUUCAGCGAAUGCAAUUAGAUUUGCAUGAGCCUCCACUCUCACAGUGCGUCCAGUGGGUCGAUGAUGCAAAACUUAACCAACUGCGAAGGGAAGGCAUCCGAUAUGCCAGAAUUCAGUUAUUCGAUAAUGACAUUUACUUUAUCCCAAGGAAUGUUGUGCACCAGUUCAAAACAGUUUCAGCUGUGUGCAGUUUGGCUUGGCACAUCCGGCUCAAGCUAUAUCAUUCAGAGGAAGAACUUUCCCAAAAUACAAGUACUGUUGAAGCAGGGACCUCUGCAGACUCCAAGUCUUCGGUUAUUGGACUUCAGACUGACAGCAGAAUUUGUACGAUAAGCAAAAAUACCUCCGAAGACACCAAAUUUUCAGAUGCUCUGCAGACAAAGUAUCUGCAGCAAGAAUUUAUGCCGACAAAACACGAACCUAUUGCAUCUCACCGAAUAAAAGAAGAACCCAUGAAUGUUGAUCUUGCUGAAAAGACAGUGGCAUCUAAUGACGUCGGGGCCCAGAAUGUUCAGAGUAGGUUGGAUCACGUCGAAUUGGCGGCAUUUAAGUUGGAAAUGGAUUCUAAACUCGAACCUGGCACCAAGGACUUACAAGGCAAGUUAUGCCCCGGAGGUCACAUACAUCCAGAUGAUACAAGACAACAUAGUUCAUCGUAUCCAAAACUGCAUGGACAAAGAGAGGAUGAUUUUUUGUGCUGAAUUUGUAUAUAUGGUUUUAAAUUCCUUUUUAAAGUUAAUGAUGUAAUAAUGUAAAGAUUCAUAAAUUCUGUGAGGCAAGUUUGUGACUUGCCUUCGCAUCUGUUACAGAAAAUAGUUAUGUAGCUUUGUAACAUUCCUCAGUGCCUGUCCAUAACUGUGAAGUAUCAAAGCACUUAGGGCCAGAUGCACUGUAAACACUGCAGGUUUAACAUAAAGAAGUCUUUAAAUAAUUUUGAGUUGUAGGUUUUAGAGUAGAGCUGACAUUUAACAUAUAUAUUUUUUGUAAGAUGAGCCAGAAUUCUUUAUGACAAUUCCAGGCUUUUCCAUAGAGCUUAUUUAUACCAAUUUUUUCAUUUUAAAUGUGUCAGCACUGUAGUGUAAAUAUCUUUUUUAAAGAUCUUUUUAGUGUGAUUUAUACUGAAAUGUGAGCCGCUUAAUAAAGGUUCAUAAUAACAGAUUGGUUU